CGCUCUCCACCAUACAACUAAGGGACACUGUUGUACUUUCUCUCUCUCUCUCUCUGUCUCUCUCUCUCCACUGUCUUUUCUCUUUUGUUUGAGGGGAGGGAAAGCAUGGAAGAAACGAGGCCUCUGCUUGUUGAAAGAAGGCCUGAUAUUGCAUGUUGAGCCAGCAGCGAGUGAAUAUUCUUCAUCCACCACCACCACGGCUGUUCUUCUCCUCCCAACCUUUGUUACAUUCACUGAUUCAUUUGAUUCUGGUUGUGCUGGACCGAAAUGCAACGGUACAAGGGAUUUGAAUUUUGAACUCCAAUCUUGAGGGUUUAUUACGAUUGGUUUGUAGAGCGGAUAUUAAUCAGAAGCAGAAUCUGGAAUCAGGGAGGAUCUCGGCCUUACCAUUGCACAGCAUUUCUGAUGGAAGAAACAAGGCCUCUGCUUGUGGAAAGAAGGUUUGAUAAUGCUGAUGGGACUGGCCACAUAAAUGGUAGUUCUGAGCCAGCAGCGAAUGAACAUUCUUCGUCAUCAUCCACCACCACCACCACGGCUCUUCUUCUCCUCGCAACCUUUGUCGCCAUCUCUGGUUCAAUUGGUUCUGGUUGUGCUAGCGGAUAUUCAUCAGCUGCGGAAUCUGGAAUCAGGGAGGAUCUCGGCCUUACCUCUGCACAGUACUCAGUUUUCGCUUCAAUAUUCAAUGUUGGAGCAAUGGUAGGUGCCACCGUGAGUGGCAAGAUAGCAGAUCUCAUUGGCCGAAGAGGGGCAAUCUGGUUCUCCGACAUUUUUAGCAUUAUGGGGUGGCUUGCAAUACUUUUUGCCAAGGGUAUUUGGUGGCUCGACCUUGGAAGAUUGGCAUUGGGAUUUGGUGCGGGUAUUCUUACAUAUGGGGCAUCUAUAUAUGUUGCUGAAAUCACACCUAAGAAAAUUCGAGGAGGAUUUACAGCUGCUAACAUGCUGAUGGUAUGUGGGGGUAUAUCCUUAAUGUUCUUCAUUGGAAAUAUCUUGACAUGGCGCAACUUGGCUAUAUUUGGACUGGUUCCAUGCUUGGUACAAUCGGUAGGCCUGUUCUUCAUACCAGAGUCUCCAAGAUGGUUGGCAAAGAUUGGCCGAGAAAAAGAGUUGGAAGAUACUAUACAACAUCUUAGGGGAAAGAAGGCAGAUAUUUAUUUAGAAGUGGCUGAGAUCAGGGACUAUACGAAAACUUUUGAUCAGCUCUCCAAAACGAGCAUUCUAAACUUGUUUGAGCGAACAUAUGCUCAUCCACUAACUAUUGGAGUUGGACUAGUGUUACUGGUACAAUUUGGAGGGAACAACGGAAUUUUGUCCUACGCCAGUUCAAUUUUUGAAGCCGCUGGCUGUUCAGUUAGUGUUGGGACAACAGCAAUGGCUAUUAUUCAGAUUCCCUUCACUGCAUUGAAUGUAUUUAUAGUGGAUAAAUCCGGCCGACGAUCACUUUUGAUGGUUUCUGCGGCAGGAACAUGCUUGGGAAACAUUCUUGUUGGGCUGGGAUUUCUGUUCCAGGGUUUUUAUUACUCAAGCGAGCUCUGUGCUAUACUGGUGUCAUGUGGCAUACUGGUAUAUUUUGCAUCUUGUGCAGCAGGCAUGAACGCCACACCAUUUGUUCUUAUGUCAGAGAUAUUCCCCGUGAACAUAAGGGGCUCAGCUGGAAGCCUUGUGACUUUUGUCUACUGGUUUAGUGCGUGGAUUGUUUCCUACAGCUUUACCUUCUUAUUUGACUGGAGCUCACCAGGUGAUGCUUUUUUAAGAGUCAGGAUCCUAUGCCCUCCAAAAAACCUCCCCCUGCACUCCCAACUCCCAAGCGCACGCUGUGGUGGGAAUCUAGAAACAUUGAAUCUCGAGGGCCCGAGGCACAUGAAAACUCUGAUACCUUAGCAAAUUACGCUUUGGAAGGAACAUUUUGAUAUACAGCGCAUGUUUGUUUUCACACGAUGAAUUUAGAGAUCCAGCUUAUGGCAAAGUUUUUCCUAUUUAGUUUCUUAAUUUUUCUUGGAAGAACAGAAAAUCGAUCUCAAGGUACAAAAUUUUGAGAGAGUAGCAAGUUUAGAUGAUUGGUCAUAACUAUAUUUUAUGUUUUACUUGAAGGAUUUUGAAAACAAACACUUUCGUUGAUUAUUCAAUGCUCAAACAAGUACACAUUACCAGUUCAAAAAAAAAAGUACAUGUUAUGUCGGAGCAAUAUUCUGGUGUUGUAGUUUAGGAUGCAUGGUACCCAUUCCUAGUACUGGAAGUUCCCAAUAGGCGUCGUGUUACUCGGAGUACAUUGAGGACAUGAGACCAUAAAUUAAGGACACGGGAUACCAUGCUGCAUAUUUGUGUCCCUUUGUUUGUGUUUAGUUUCCAUCAAUCUUAUUAGUUUGAAUUUGCUGCUUCAGGAGUAUUCUUCAUGUUUGCUGUGAUGUGUGGCUCAACCAUUCUAUUUGUGGCAAAGUUGGUGCCUGAGACGAAGGGUCGAUCUCUAGAAGAAAUACAAGCAUCCAUGACUCAUGUUCUGCAAUGACACUUCAAUGAAUACUACGAGGGAGAUAUUCCAUACAGUACCUGCAUCACAAUCUCUCGAAAUUUAAAUGAAUAAAUGUAAGAUGCAGUUUUCAUUUCCCUCAUAGAAGGUUUCACGACAUCAUGAUUUUCUUGAUGUUAAAAUUGUGUUAGUCUCGGUGGUUAUGUUUAGCUAUUGUGAUCAUCGAAAUGUGCCACCAAUGAAGGCCAUUUUUUUGUUGUUUGUUUAAGGGCGUUUUUAAGUGUUUUCGGGCAAAAGAUAGCUUCAUUUAAAUGGAAAAAUAUUGAUACGAGUUUGAAACAA